UCAUUCAAAAUGAAUGACAUUUUAAUUCUUAUUUCUUGUCUGUAUCUGCUGAUCGCCAUGCCAUGUUAAAAAUACAAGCUUCGGAUAUCAAGUUCUUACGCUCAAUGGAGCUAAAGCAUCAACAAGGUAUCAAUACCACUUGACUGCUAGAAACAACAUAAUGUCAGUUAAAAGACGGGCGGCUGCCGAUUUAAAUCAUGAUAAUUGGGAUAAAGAAGAGAAAAAUGAAGAAAUAGGCACUUUUAAAACAGCACCAGGAGAUGUUCUUGAAAAGCGUGUUUUCAGACUCGCUAAACGACGAAGCCAAAAUGUUCCAGGCCAUGAGUCUAAAAAACCUGUCUUCAGUGGAUUUGGUGGUUUUAAUAAGGCACAACCAUCAUCAUUUGAUUUCUUAGCAAAUUUAACUAAAGGUGCUAAUGCACCAACCACAGCCAACAGUGCAACUUUAAAUGUGAAUGCCAGUGAUAUGAAACCUUUUGGUAGUAACAUUUUUACUACACCUACAUCUACAAGUGCUACAGGAAUGAGUUUUGGCAAAUUAGUAACAGAAUCUACAUCUUCCGGAAAUCCACCUGAUGCAGAUUCAACUGUUAAUGAGAACUUAUUUAAGGCACCGGUAACAUCAGGGUCUACUACAAGUGGCUUCAACUGGAAAGCCCCUGAAAACUCUACAUUACCAUCUUCAAUAUUUGGAGUAGCUUCAUCAAAUUCCAAUAAUAAAUCUCUUUUUGCCUCAAAUGCUACAUCACCAUUUCAAAUACAAACAACUUCAAAUGCUUCUCAGAUAAAGUUAGAUACACAAACUCAAAAUCAGAUGCCACAAAUACAGGCUUCACAGACACAGGCUUUUCAAUUUAAGUCUCCACCAGCAGAGCCCUUACAAUUUAAGGCUCCACAAACCCAGAGCCCACAAUUUAAAGCACCUCAAACACAGACUUCACAAUUACAGAGUUCUCAGUCCCAGUCAUCUCUGUUUCAGGCACCACCAACCACACAAAAUCAAACUUCACAAUCACAAAUCCCUUCUGUGUUUCAGACUCCACAACCACAGACCUCACAAUUUGAGAGUCCACAGUCCCAAACAUCAUUGUUUAAGGCACCUCAGACGCAAAGCUCACAAUUUCAGAGUCCACAGUCUCAGACAUCACUUUUUCAGACACCACAGACACAAACCACACAAUUCCAGAGUCCACAGUCUCAAACAUCACUAUUUCAGGCACCACAGACACAAACUACACAACUCCAGAGUCCACAGUCUCAAACAUCACUAUUUCAGGCACCAAAGAUACAAACCUCACAAUUCCAAAGUCCCCAGUCCCAAUCCUCACUUUUUCAGACACCACAAACGCAGACCUCACAAUUUCAAACUCCACCAGGUCAAUCUUCACUAUUCCAAUCACAAACCCCACAUUUUAAGAGUCCCCAGUCCCAAACCUCACUGUUUCAGACACCGCAGACACAGACCACUCAAUCACAGGGAUCACAAUUAUGGACCCAACCAACUCUACCUGCAAAUGAAAACGUAACUAAAAACAAAACAGAGAUAAAAACUUCUGAGAAUAAAACAAACUCUCAAAAUGUGCAAGAAAAUAAAUUAACUUACUACAGUAAGUUAAAAGGCUUAAAUGUAUCUGUUUUGGAGUGGAUCAAAAAACAUGUGGAUGAAACACCUCUGUGCAUACUUACACCAAUAUUUAAGGAUUAUGAAAAAUAUCUUGUGGAAAUUCAAAAUGAGUAUGAAAGUAGUAAAAAAGAAGAGAAAGAAACCACUAGUGAUAAUGUCUCCACCAAAAUUUCUGAAGCCAAUCAACAUCCACCUGUGACUGUCAACAAUUCUGUUGCAUCACUCUUUGCUGCAUCUGUAAAUGCACCAAAAUCUAUAUUUUCCUCAGCUAUCAAAAGCACAACUCAAUCACCAAGUUUCUCCUUCGGGUUUACAUCAACACCAAGCACAAAUACUACGAGUUCUGGUUUUACAUUUGGCUCAAGCUCAACUCAAAGUACAUCAACCACCUCAUCUCCAUUUGCUGUGAGCACUUCGAAUUCUAUGACAAAUGGACAACAACCCUUUUCAUUUGGGUCAGGCAAACCUUUCAGCUUCAAUUCAAAUAUACAAACACAGUCAAACACAGAAAAUACAAAUGAAAGUGCUGAAGAAAAUGAUGAGCCACCAAAAGUAGAGUUUACUCCAGUUGUUGAAGAGAAUAGCGUUUUUGAUAAGCGCUGUAAAAUAUUCAUUAAGAAAGAUAAUAACUUUGUAGACAAAGGUGUUGGUACGCUAUACAUAAAGAAAAUAAACGAUAGUGAGAAACACCAACUUUUGGUGCGGGCAAACACAAAUUUGGGAAAUAUAUUACUUAAUUUAGUUCUCACAUCCUCUAUACCAACUCAACGCAUGGGUAAAAAUAAUGUUAUGUUGGUUUGUAUUCCCACUCCGGAGGCCAAACCACCACCUGUUCCCAUACUGAUUAGAGUGAAAACAUCUGAGGAAGCUGAUGAUUUAUUAAACACAUUAGAUAAAUAUAAGGCUUAAGACAUCAUUGUAAUAAACAAUAUGGCAAAUGU